AUGGCAAAUUUUCGGAUGGGUCGAAGGAAGAGUUCCGUGUUCCGAUCUGGAGCACGCUUGAUGAGCCAGGAAAUGGACUGCAGACCCCUCUUCACCGCCAUGGAUCGCGACUGCAACGGCUACAUCGACAGGGACGAGUUGAGAGCAACACUGUGGGACGUCGGCAUCCAUGUUACUGAUCCGGAUCUUGACAUCAUGAUGAAGACGGUUGGUGUUGUCAUCAAAGACAGGAUAUUCUAUGAAGAUUUCGUAAAGAUGAUGGCCGGUACAAUAGGAAAAUCGCAGAGAAGGGUAGGUAAAACUUUCAACAUUUUAUUUGUAAUUCGUGCUUAG